GACCAAAGGUGAGACACCGUGCGGCUCCAGACCGGGCCUGGCCAGCUGGGCGGGUGCACAAUGAGGCUGCUGGUCCUCCUGGGCUUGCUGUGGGGCUGGGCAGCCACACUCCCCGGCCCACAGUGGCCUGAGCCCAUGUUUGGGCGCCUGGCAUCGCCUGGCUUCCCCGGGGAGUACGCCAACAACCAGGAGCAGCGCUGGACCCUGACGGCACCCCCCGGCUACCGUCUGCGCCUCUAUUUCACCCACUUCCACCUGGAGCUCUCCUACCUCUGCGAGUACGACUAUGUCAAGCUGAGCUCGGGGAGCAAGGUGCUGACCACGCUGUGCGGGCAGGAGAGCACAGACACGGAGCGCGCCCCCGGCAAUGACACCUUCUACUCGCCGGCCUCCAGCCUGGACGUCACCUUCCGCUCCGACUACUCCAACGAGAAGCCGUUCACGGGCUUUGAGGCCUUCUACGCAGCAGAGGACAUCGAUGAGUGCCAGGUGCCGCCGGGACAGGCAUCUCCCUGCGACCACCACUGCCACAACCACCUGGGUGGCUUCUAUUGCUCCUGCCGCAGGGGCUACGUCCUCCACAGGAACAAGCGCACCUGCUCAGCCCUGUGUUCAGGUCAGGUCUUCACCAACCGGUCGGGGAUGCUCAGCAGCCCUGAAUACCCGCAGCCGUACCCCAAACUCUCAAGUUGCACCUAUGGCAUCCAACUGGAGGAGGGGUUCAGCAUUAUCCUGGACUUUGUGGGGUCCUUCGACGUGGAGACACACCCGGACACCCAGUGUCCCUACGACACCCUCAAGAUUCAAACAGACAAAGAGGAAUAUGGCCCAUUUUGUGGGACAACGUUGCCCCCUAGGAUUGAAACUAAAAGCAAUGCCAUGACCAUCACCUUUGUCACUGAUCAGUCGGGGGACCACACAGGCUGGAAGAUCCACUACGCCAGCACAGCUCAGCCCUGCCCUGGUCCGGUGGCGCCACCUAAUGGCCACAUCGCGCCAGUGCAAGCCCAGUACAUCCUGAAGGAUCGCUUCGCCGUCUUUUGCGAGACCGGUUAUGAGCUUCUCCAAGGUGAUUUGCCCCUGAAAUCAUUUGCUGCCGUCUGUCAGAAAGAUGGAUCUUGGGACCAGCCGAUGCCCACGUGCAGCAUUGUUGACUGUGGCCCUCCUGAUGACCUACCCAGAGGCCAAGCGGAGUCCAUCACAGGCCCUGAAGUGACCACGUACAAAGCGGUGAUUCAGUACCGCUGUGAUGAGUUCUACACAAUGACACCUGAUGACGGUAAAUACGUGUGUGAGGCUGAUGGAUUCUGGACGAGCUCCAAAGGAGAAACAUCACUCCCAGUCUGUGAGCCUGUUUGUGGAAUAUCAACUAGUACCAUGGGAGGUCGUAUAUACAGAGGGCAGGAGGCGAAGCUUGGUGAUUUCCCCUGGCAAGUCCUGUUACUAGGUCAAGCUACAGCAGCGGGCGCACUCCUGCAGGAUGGCUGGAUCCUAACAGCUGCUCACGCUGUAUACGCACAGAAAGAAGCUGCCUCCUCCUUAAGACAUCAGAAUGGGUACCGUGAAGAGACUGUCAGCUCAUUACACACAAGCCUGGGCCGAGGCCAUUUUUAUACAUGAAGGUUAUACUCAUGAUGCUGGUUUUGAUAACGACAUAGCACUGAUUAAAUUGAAGAACAGAGUUGUAAUCAAUAGUAACAUCCUGCCUAGGUUUGCCAGGAAAGGAAGCUGAAUCCUUCAUGAGGACAAAUGACAUUGGAACCGCAUCUGGAUGGGGAUUAACCCAGAGGGGUUUUCUUGCCAGAAAUCUAAUGUUUGUUGACAUACCAACUGUCGACCAUCAGAAAUGUACUGCUGCGUAUGAGCAGCACUCCUAUCAGGGGGGAGGGUAACGGAGAACAUGUUUUGUGCUGGCUUAGAAGGUGGGGGCAAGGACAGCUGUAGAGGGGACAGUGGGGGGGCGUUAGUGUUUCAAGAUAAUGAGACACAGAGAUGGUUUGUGGGAGGAAGUGUCCUGGGGUUCCUUUAAUUGUGGGGAAGCAAAUCAGUAUGGAGUCUACACCAAAGUUAUUAACUAUAUUCCCUGGAUCAAGAACAUCAUUAACAAUUUUUAAUUUGUAGGUCUUCAAUGAUUCCUUAGUUUUAAAAAUUCCUGUAAAGGGUCUUAGCAGCCAUGUGGCCCGAGAGACACGAACACAUCAGUUGUCGCUCUAACCCCCAAACCACCGCCACACCACGGGUCAGACCCAUUCCGGGCGCUUCUCACUCGCCAGGUUUUUCGCCUCUUACU